CUCAAUGGAAAAUCAAGACAUCCCCUUAUCGCCUUUCCCGAGUGGUCUGCCCCUCGCCAGACUACCCAUCCUCUAAGAUGUCCCAGUCCACUGUUACUGAAGAGGGAGGCACCUUUGAACACCUGUGGAGCUCCCUAGAGCCAGACAGUACAUAUUUUGAGCUCCCCCCAGGCAGCCAGCCAGGUGAACAACCAGUGCCGUCUACCAGCAACCCAGGGAACCACCACAGCACUGCAGAGGUCUCCAUGGAUGUCUAUCAUAUGAGAGACAUGAACGAGAAUGUUAUGUCCCAGUACAACUUGCUGAGCAGCAGCAUGGAGAGUCUGGGGAGCCGUGCGACAUCCACCAGCCCCUACAGCUCCGAAAACGCCUCUUCGUCGGCCGUGCCCACCCCCUCACCUUACUCCCAGCCCAACUCCACCUUUGAGGGCUUGUCGCCUGCCCCUGCCAUCCCUUCUAACACCGAUUACCCUGGGCCACAUGCCUUCCAGGUGUCCUUCCAGCAGUCCAGCACAGCCAAGUCAGCCACAUGGACCUACUCUCCCUUGCUGAAGAAGCUCUACUGUCAGAUUGCCAAAACCUGUCCAAUCCAGAUCAAGCUAUCCUCCUCUCCUCCGCAUGGCAGCAUCAUCAGAGCCAUGCCCGUCUAUAAGAAGGCGGAGCACGUGACUGAAGUGGUCAAACGAUGCCCCAACCACGAACUAGGACGAGACUUCAAUGAUGGUCAAGCAGCUCCGGCCAGUCACCUGAUCAGAGUGGAGGGAAAUAACCUCUGCCAGUAUGUGGAUGAUCCUGUUACUGGCAGGCAGAGUGUCAUCGUCCCCUAUGAGGCUCCACAGGUAGGGACUGAGUUUACCACCAUCCUAUAUAAUUUUAUGUGCAACAGCAGCUGUGUGGGCGGCAUGAACAGGAGACCUAUCCUCAUUAUCAUCACUUUGGAAACCAGGGACGGUCAAGUGUUGGGCAGAAGGUCAUUUGAAGGUCGGAUAUGUGCAUGUCCGGGCAGAGACCGCAAAGCUGAUGAGGACCACUUCAGGGAACAGCAGGCCCUGAAUGAGAGUGUGGCCAAAAAUGGAAGUGCUAACAAGCGCAAUUUUAAACAGAGUCCAACAAACAUUCCCAGUCCAAACAUUAACAUGAGGAAGAGGCGGCAUGGAGAAGAGGAGGUUUACUAUAUUCCUGUUCGUGGUCGUGAGAACUUUGAGUUGCUGAUGAAGAUUAAAGACAGCUUGGAGCUGGUGGAGCUCGUGCCACAGCAACUGGUGGACUCCUACAGACAACAAGCACAGCAGCAGCUGCUGCAGAGACCGAGCCACGUGGCAUCACCCUCCUCCUAUUCUCCACUGUCCAACAUGAACAAGCUGCAUUCCCACGGAGGCCUCAGCAAGCCACCCUCAGUCAACCAGCUCGCAGGACAGCAGCCCCAGCAACACCACACUGCCCCCUCUUCCAUGGCUCAUAUGGGUCCAAACAUGCUCAACAGCAACCACAUGCAGGCAAAUGGAGAAAUGAACGGUGGCCACAACAGUCAGAAUAUAGUGUCUGCUUCUCACUGCAGCCCGCCCCCUCCGUAUAACCCUGACCCCAGCCUUGUCAGCUUUCUCACCAGUCUGGGCUGUCAGAACUUCAUUGAGUACUUCACUUCCCAAGGCCUCCAGUCUAUCUACCAUCUCCAAACUCUCUCCAUGGAGGAUUUGGGUGCGCUAAAGAUACCAGAACAGUCCCGCCUCAUCAUCUGGCGAGGUCUGCAGGACAUGAAACAAGGCGCUCCCCUGCAGCUGCCUGCUUCUUCUCAUCAUCAUGACUAUCAUGGGCAGCAGCUGCUUCGCUCUAGCAGCAACAUGACUGCCUCUGCGAUGGCGGCCAUUGGGGCUGCAGGUGGGGAACUACAACGCCAGCGGGUCAUGGAAGCUGUGCACUUUCGCGUCCGCCACACCAUCACUAUCCCCAACAGGUCCAGCGUUGUUGGGACAUCAGGCAUGACGGCUGCUGAUGAGUGGGCUGACUUUGGUUUUGACAUGCCUGACUGCAAGGUGUCACGGAGCAAGCACUCCAUCAAGGAGGAAUUCAUGGAAAGUGACAUUCACUGA